CUCCAUUUGUGCUGAUAUUGGCGAUGCCUUGUUCUGAAUUGGCUUACCUGAUUUGAAGCCUCUUGUACUUUUACAUAGCUAGAGGAACACAUCACGAAAUAUGUCCAGGACAAUCCUCUUCUUCUUGUUAGUAACGUUGGUUGUGUGCGUCAUUGAUGCGUAUCCAAAGCUGCAACUUCAAGAAGCUGCUGCUAACGAAGGGGGUCAGGUGAGCCUUCUACGGAAGAAUUUAGUGCGAGAGCAAGGGGAAACUGCAAGCAAUGACGGCCACAAUCGCAUGAAUAUUGAUGAAAGAGAUGACGAGGAUGAGGAGGAGGAGGAAGAAGAGGAUGAAGUAGAAGACGACGAAGAUGAAGAUGAAGAAGAAGAAGAAGAUGAUGAUGAAGAAGAAGAAGAAGAUGACGACGACGACGACGAAGACGACGACGAUGAUGAUGAUGAUGAUGAUGACGACGACGAUGACUCGGAGGAAUAGGAAAACAUUUAAAGUGGUGCAGUAUUCAUCGCACACGUUAAAAUACAUGUUUAAAGCAUUCUUGGUCUAAUAACUGCAUAUAAAAUUAUGGUUGUUCAGGCAUUGCAACAGCUUUCUAGAUUA